CUCAUCAUCGACUUCUUCUGUACCCCAGCUUUUGAUGUCGCCACUUCCCUUAACAUCCCCACUUACUAUUUCUUCCCCUCUGGUGGUGCCGGCCUUGCUGUUCUCCUCUACUUCCCAAUUAUCCACAACACCACCACUAAGAGUUUCAAAGAUCUCAAAAAAACUAAUCUCAACUUCCCAGGUGUCCCACCCAUUCCAGCCUGUGAUAUGCCACAACUGGUUCUCGAUCGAACCUCUAGUUCCUUCUAAUACUUUCUAGAUAUCGCUACUCAUAUGCCAAAAUCAAGAGGAAUAAUUGUUAACACCUUCGAAGCUCUUGAGCCCAGAGCAAUCAAAGCAAUCUCUGAUGGAAUUUGUAUUCCUAAUAGUCCAACCCCAUCAGUUUACAUCAUGGGACCAUUGAUUGGGGACAAUGAUCAAACAGGUGGUGAUCACGAUGAUGCUGCCAAGUGUUUGAUGUGGCUUGACUCACAACCCAGUCGCAGUGUCAUCUUCUUAUGUUUUGGUAGCUUAGGUUUGUUCUCCGCAGCGCAAUUGAAGGAGAUUGCAAUUGGGUUAGAGAACAGUGGCCACCGAUUCUUGUGGGUGGUGCGCAGUCCGCCGACAGGAUCCGGAUUUGAAUGCUUUACUGCCAGAAGGGUUCAUGAAACGGACUAAGGACAGAGGCAUGGUGGUGAAGUCAUGGGCACCACAGGUAGCAGUACUGAGUCGAGAAUCGGUUGGUGGGUUUGUGACUCACUGUGGCUGGAACUCGGUGUUGGAAGCUGCAAGUGCUGGAGUACCAAUGAUAGCAUGGCCACUCUAUGCUGAGCAACGGAUGAACCAGGUAUUUUUGGUAGAGGAAAUGAAGCUGGCUAUACCAAUGGAUGAUUCGAAUGAUGGGUUUGUGAGUUCAGCUGAGAUUGAAAAACGAGUUAGACAGAUGAUGGACUCGGAGGAAGGGAAAGCUAUCAGAGAACGAGUUAUGGUAAUGAGACAUGCCGCAAAGGCUGCGAAGAGUGAGGGUGGGUCGUCUCGUGUUGCAUUAGCCGAGUUGGCCGAGUCAUGGAAGCAAGAUUGAAUGUGCAGAAUCAGCCGAGUAGUCAACAGUUGGAAUGGUGGCUGAAUUGGUAGAUG